AGCAGAAAAACGAAAACAAGAGAGCUUGAACUACAUCAAUGGCGUGCAAGCAAAAGUUAAUUCAACGAUUGUUCAAUAUUCGCAGUAGUAAAUUAUCGAAUCAAACAUUAAGCAGUUGCCGCAUUUCAUCAUCUUCAUCAUCCGGUGUUCAAUCCUUAAUGCCACCGGAGCCAGACGGAGUAACGCCUGAUCCGGAACACGGCUCGAUUUUCCGGAGGUUUCUCCAGCGGCGGCCGUUGUACCUUUCUUCCUCGGCGGCGUUUCCACAGAUUUUCCGUCCUGGCGGUGAGAAGCUGUUGGAGCGGCUUAAAGAAAUGGACAUUGCCAGAAACCGAAUCCGUCUCGACGGACUUAUUACUGCUCCGUCGUUGACGGUGGCCGACGCUAAGAAAAUCCUUAGGGCUUCGCAACUUGAGAUCGUCAAAUCGAAGUUGAGAAAUAGUCAGAAGAAUCAUGUAUCAUACGAUGAGUUUAUUCAGAUGUGUGUUGAUGAAUGUUCUAACAGAGAUCAAGGUGUAGAUCUCGCGAAAGCUCUAGAUGAUUCCGGUUCCGUUCUCAUUUUGGGAACAGUCGUUUUUCUUAAACCCGAACAGGUAGUGAACGCAAUCAAUGGCUUAAUGACCAGAGUGGAUAUUCCGGUGAAGGAGAUGGAAGAGAUGGAACGAUGGAAGUCAGAAAUCGACGAAAAAGCUGAAAAAAUGGUCCGGCGAGAGCUUUGGGGCGGAUUAGGGUACCUAAUGGUGCAGACGGCGGCGUUCAUGAGGCUAACAUUUUGGGAGCUUUCAUGGGAUGUAAUGGAACCGAUUUGCUUCUAUGUGACAUCAAUGUAUUUCAUGAUUGGAUAUGCAUUCUUCAUACGAACAGCAAGAGAGCCUUCUUUUGAAGCAAUUUUUCAGAGCAGGUUUCGUGUGAAGCAGAUGAAGGUGAUGAAGAUGGAAGGUUUUGAUUUUGAAAAAUAUAAACAGAUGAAGAAGAAAGCUUGUGGGUCUCAUCAAGAUUGUUUGAUUAACUCAUGA